UCCUCACUUCCUGCUUACGGAUCACAGGUAGCCCGUAAAAUCUGAAAACAAUAGUUAAUAAAUCUGCAAACGCAAAGAUGUGGAAUGUGGAAGACGAGAUGCAAAUGAAGGCUGUAACAAGUUUAUCAAAUCAAGCUAUUAAUGAGUAUGAGAGUUUGCAGGAGCAGCAUAAGAAGAGCAAGCAAGAGUAUGCAAAAAUACAACAUGAGAGAGACGAGGCUGUGAAAAAACUGAGAGAGUUCCAGAGACUUUCACACAUGGUGGUGGAAGAAGUUACUGUUAUCCAGAACAACCUGGAGAUUGAAAAGAGCUGCCGAGAAAGUGCUGAAGCUCUGGCAUCAAAGCUCAACCGUGAGAAUAAGUCUCUGAAAAGGCUGAGUAUGCUCUACGCGUCAAAACUGGGGCAAGAAGUCAUCACAGAGGAGAUCGCUAUUGAUGAUGAAGACUCUGCUGUGGAGAGUGACGAUGGCGCCAGCAUUUGUGCCUCUCUUCACUGUCAACACAAAAUAAAAGACCUUCAUGAUAAACUUGUUGCUGGAUUGGAGGAAAAGAAAUUACUUGUCAAUGAUAUGGAGAGUUUGAAAGGAAGGCUUGAAGAAGUAACAGACCAGCUGAAUAAAGAAAAACAGGAAAACAUUAUUUUGGCAGCAGAGAUGUUUCAACAGAAGAAGCUCCUAAACAAAUACAACAGAGUUUCAGUGCUGGCAGCCGAUGAAUAUGAAAAACUGCAAGCUGACUUUGAGCUUGAAAAAGAUCUCCGGAAAGAGGCAGAAUCCUUUGCACACAAGAUGCUUGUGGAGAAAAAGAAACUGAAGAGACAAAGUCAGCUUCUGCUACAGAACGUGGGCCCAAAUGAGCAGCUUCUGAAAGCUAUGGAAGAUGUAUCCAAUCUGACUGAAGCCUUAGAAAAGGAGAGAAUUGAACACCAGCAGAAGAUGAAGGAAAUUGAAGAAAAGCUGAAAAACUCUGAGGUGCAGAGGGAGAUUGCCUAUUUGAAGCGGCACGUGGAACUGCUUGAGAUGGAGAAGAAGGAGUUUGAAGGGAGGUGCCGCAAGUCUGAAGAGCAAACAAAGGAUCUGAAGCACACAGUGGAUGAACUUCAAAAGCAGGUCCGGAAAGCUGCAAAUCCAGUGCCGCCCCCUCCGGGGGACGGGGAGGAGGUGGAGGUGGGGCUGCCACCCCCAUCUUCAAACCCCUGGGGCUCUCUCCUGUCCAUUAUCCGCAAGAGGAAGCAGCCUGCUUCCCAGGCAGCUGGGCUUGAGAAUUCCACAGAAAAGGAUCCGGGAGGUGAAGUGACAGAUAUCAAGCAGCAGGCAUUGGAUGAAAUGAUGGAGAGGAUUAAAAAGGGAGUUCAACUCAGGCCUGCAGGGAGCAGGUCUAAACCACAACAGUCUGAAAGAAAGCCCUCAGACAGUGCUGUGCAGGAACUCAAAGGAAUUCUGAGUACUUUUAAACAACCUCUGAAAACAAGAUUGCAAGUGGAGGUGGAUUCAAAGAACACGGAAACUGAGCUGGAGAGGGUGCUGCGUCGCAGAAGAGUCCUGCCUGCAGAAGGUUCAGAGUCGAAACCUUUGCAAAGCACAGUGUCUGAUAUAAUGAGAAGCAAGAAGCAGCCAGGCAGGGGAGAGCUCAGCAGUGCGACCUGCCCCCCAACACCUGAAGACAGGUGUGAUCCACAACGAGGAGACACAAGCCAGGGGGCUCCACUCACUAUUCUUGCAGAAAACAAUUCCAGUGAGGGAGGACCAUCGACCACAGACGAAAGACCUGCCAAUGAAUCUCAAGAGAAAGACAACCAUGCUUGUGACAAGAUCGCCAGCGUUAUGAAAAGAAACCAGGAAAGUUACAAGAACAACCCCCUCCUUGAGGGACCUGCAGAAUCAAGCAGCAGCAGCAGCUGCUGAUCUUCAUAAAAAUGAUGCAUUCUUGAUAGUGUGUAUGUAUUUACACAAUGCAAGAGGCAGUCAAAUGGAUGGGAUUAUUGCCUAGCUGACAAUCUGUAUGUGGUUUCUUGAGUUUCCAUUUAAUUGUUUGAACUGAUGCAUUUUACAGUAGUUGUCAAGUAAACAGUAUUGUUUAACACAAGGGUUAAUACCUGACCUGAACCCAAGUGAUCUCAGAUUGUUGUUUUUAAAAUGAUCUAACAUCGUGUUGUUCUGCAAUAAGAGAGAAUAAAUUUGCAACAAAAAAAAACAUUUUACUAUAAUUGGAAAACAAAGGGAGUCAGUUUGUUAUAUUUAGUAUUUCCAUAUUUUAUCUUUUUAAAUCGGUUGUGAUUGAAUUAAUCUGAAAAGAUGUUACAAUGAAUAUAUCAAAUAACAUGUAAUGCAAUUAUUGUAGCCUAAUUUAGUCUGUAUGGUGGCAUAAGGAGAUUGUAUGUAUCAUCUUUAGUAAAUAUUUAAACAAUGAGUUGCAUGAGUAAAAGUUAGUUGUAAGAUUUGAAAUUAACAAUGAGAAAGUUUAAUAAACAUUACUAAAGCUCUAGAUUCACGAUAUACUUGCUAUAACUGUAAUGCCCCCAGUGUGUCUCCAGGCACAAAAAGUCAUUAGUCAUUUAGUUGUGUACAAAGGUAAGUGCUGCUAACUACAUUCUCACAAGUAAAGAAAGUCAGCAAAGCAAAACACUGGCGCUGGAACACAGUUGUAUUUGUUUUCUGUCUGUUUAAAUUACUAUAAAGAACUGGUUAACAAUUGAUUGUUAAUUGGGUAAAAAGCAACAGUGCAAAUCUAUUCAAGCCAUUGUAAUUUGUCUUGAUUCUUUUGUAGUCCUCUGUAUCACAAAAUUGCUCUAUACAACUUGCGGUGCUACACUAUAACAAGAAAUAUUGGGAAAUGUACAGAAAGUAAUGAUAUGUAAUUAAAUAUGCACUGUAUUUGUCAUGCAAUCAAGUCUUUGGAAUACAGUAAAAAAAAAUAAUCAAAGUACUUUUGUCAUGUUUUGUUUUUGUCCGUUAAUCGUUCUUUAAGUUUUUUUUUUAUUUUUAUAAUAAGUUCCUUUGUUAUUUCAUGAUUUUGUGAUUAGAUUGUGUUACAAUAACUGUACUGUACUAUACUUUGUAAGGAUCAUCCCUAAUUCACUACCCUCAAUAUUUUUUAAGCGUCAGAUAGUGAAUGAACAGUGGACCUUAGACAAUAGGUGGUCGACUCCAAAGGGACAUUUAAUCUUUUCAGAUCUAGGAGCAAAAAAUGUCAGCACUACCUUGUCAAAGUAUUCCAAACUGCAGCUUUUAUGACAGCAUACAAGUCUUUAACACUUUUAAAUGUUGUUGUUAUUUUGUUUUUGAUUUGCUUUUUUUUGUUUUUUUAAUGCCACAAGUCUAUAGA